AUGACGACCUAUGGGACGAUCCCCACGGCGUCCUCCUCUGGGGGGAAGGGGCUCGAGUUCAUCUCCCGCGAGAAGGAGAGGGUGAGGGCUGUUCUGGAGACGCGGCGGCCAUGGAAGGAGAUGGUCCACUGGCACGCCUUCAGCGUUCCCCCGAGCCUCGGGGACGCCUAUAUCAGGAUCCGGACCAACGGCGGCUACUUCACCAUGAACUACGCCAUCGUCGUCCUGGUGAUCAUCGUCCUCAGCCUGAUCUGGCACCCGAUCUCGCUCAUCGUGCUCGCGGUCAUGAUGAUCGCCUGGCUGUUCCUCUACUUCCUGCGGGACGAGCCUCUGGUGAUCUUCCGGCGGGCAAUAUCCGAUGGGGUGGUGCUGUGUGUGCUUUCGUUGGUGACGCUCGUCGCUCUAUUUCUCACCAACGCCACCUACAACCUCAUCGCUUCCCUCUCCACCGGCCUAGUCGUGGUUCUCAUCCACGCCAUCUUCAGGAAGACGGACGAUCUAUGCCUGGCGGAAGGGGGCGGCGGGUGGUACUCCGUCAUCGGCGAAGCUCGCGGCGAGACGUCCGGAUCUCCGUAG